GGAAGGCAGCCAGAGCGUUGUGCAGAGUGGUAACCAGGAAGUGGAGGGAGUCUCCGUGUGAGGAGUGUAAAAUUUGGGAUAUCGGCUAUAACUUUUAUGAUCACUUACAGAUUAAGUGAAUAACAGUGAUUAUCUCGUUACAAUGGCAUCUGAAAGUUGAUGGAAUAUAUUAGACGGGGUCAAAAUCUAAAACGAGACCUGACAAUCGAACACUAAGGUAAAACUUUAACCUGGAACUCAGAUGUGGAAAAUAUCACUUUAGCAGACAAAGUAAGAACACACAAAAACAACACCGGAGUAAGAAACAUGGCAGCGACAAAUCAGCUUGGUGAGAACUUGUCUGUGGUAGUCCACGGAGUUGGAGAUCUUCGCUUGGAAAACCGUCAAGUUCCUGAACCUGGUCCAAAUGAGGUGCUGCUGAAAAUGCAUUCAGUUGGAAUAUGUGGCUCCGAUGUACAUUACUGGCAGCAUGGGCGCAUUGGAGAUUUCAUUGUGAAGAAACCCAUGGUACUUGGACAUGAAGCUUCAGGGACAGUGAUCAAAGUGGGAUCCUCGGUUACUCAUCUCAAGCAAGGUGAUCGAGUUGCUAUUGAACCAGGAGUUCCAAGAGAAACUGAUGAGUUCUGCAAAACCGGUCGCUAUAACUUGUCUCCCACCAUUUUUUUCUGCGCUACACCACCCGAUGAUGGAAACUUGUGUAGAUACUACACACACAAUGCAAACUUCUGCUAUAAACUUCCUGAUAAUGUAACAUUUGAAGAAGGAGCUCUGAUUGAACCUCUCUCUGUAGGAAUCCAUGCUUGUAGAAGAGCUGGCGUUACACUUGGAAGCAAGGUCUUUAUAUGUGGUGCAGGACCUAUUGGGUUGGUUUCACUAAUUGUUGCGAAGAUGAUGGGAGCCUCACAAACAGUGAUAAGCGAUUUAUCUCCAUCACGGCUAGAAAAAGCUAAAGAAGUGGGAGCAGAUUUUCUUCUUCAAGUCACCAAUGAGACUCCUGAGCAGACUGCUCAGAAAGUUGAAGGAUUGCUUGGGUGUAUGCCAGAGAUCACCAUAGAGUGCACUGGGGCUGAAUCUUGCAUUCAGACAGGAAUCUACGCAACACGCUCUGGAGGGACUUUAAUUCUUGUUGGUCUGGGGCCUGCAAUGGUCAGUGUUCCAAUUGUUAAUGCAGCAGUGCGAGAGGUUGAUAUCAGAGGGAUAUUCCGAUAUUGUAAUACGUGGCCAAUGGCUAUCUCUAUGUUAGCUUCUAAAAGAGUGAAUAUAGCUCCAUUGGUUACACAUCGCUUUCCCUUAGAGAAGGCUCUGGAUGCAUUUGAAACUACAAAGAGAGGUGUAGGGGUAAAAGUAAUGCUGAAAUGUGACAAAGAUGACCAGAACCCUUAAAUAUUGGUACAUGUCGAAUAAAAAUGUCUAAUCAUUUCUCUGAUAUUGUAAAUGUUUCAGAUUUUGAAGAAAUAUAGGUAGUUACUGUACAAUAACUCCAGGCAAAAUAAUUAAACUUCCAUUGCUGUAACCAUUAAGCAGGUUAAUUUUGGUGUUUAUGAUGAACUUUUACAAAAUACGUGUUGGAGCUGUGUGUUCUAAAAUAAAUGUUUCUUGUACCCAGAA